GAUUGGUGUCGAUUCAGUCAAAUAUUAGCGCCUGUUUUCCAGGAGUCCUACACUAAAGUGCUCGAAGAGUUUCCGGAACCGGGAAGAGUGCUGUUCGGCAAAGUCGACUGCGAGCACGAAACCACUUUGGGAACACGUUUCCAUAUCUCGAAAUAUCCUACUCUUAAGCUUUUAAUGAAUGGAAAAGUAAUGAAACGUGAAUUCCGUGGACAGCGAAGUGCGGACUCAAUCGAUCCGAUUAAACACAUCCAAAAUUUUGACGAAUUCAACAAAAUAGACGAAACGAAAGCUUCAUUAAUCGCUUAUUCAUCUUCACUCCCAAACACAUUACAAGACUAUAAUAUAUACCGAAAGGUAGCCAUAGAUUUACGAGACGACUGUUCCUUUUAUUGGGUGACAGGAGAUCCCUCGCACUCACACCUCGCGGACGGCAAGUCACUGACGGUUCUGUUCAAACCGUCGCGCUCUAAGCCCAACGACAACGACCUGACGUAUCCGGGAGUCCUUCAAAGUUACGACGAGUUGAGCACUUGGUCUACAGACAAAUGCAUUCCUCUCGUGCGUGAGAUCACCUUUGAAAACGCCGAAGAGUUGACCGAAGAGGGGCUGCCAUUUGUCAUACUAUUCCACGCGCCCGACGAUAAACACAGUAUUGAUGUCUACACGAAAGUGGUUCAAACGGAACUGCUGUCUGAGUCGGGAAAUGUCAAUUUCCUGAUCGCCGACGGCUUGAAAUUCGCGCAUCCGUUACACCAUUUGGGCAAAACUCAAAAGGACUUACCGUUGAUCGCAAUCGACAGUUUCAGACACAUGUAUUUGUUUCCCAACUUUAAUGAUAUCGAAAUCCCAGGAAAAGUGAAAACAUUUCUGCAAGACUUGUAUUCCGGGAAACUUCACCGGGAGUUCCACUUCGGAGCCGAUCCCGUGACCAAUGAAAUUCCGGCCCAAAUUGCCGGUCAGACGAGUCCUCCAGAGUCGACAUUCGCAAAGCUGGCGCCGUCGAGGAAUAGAUACACGCUUUUGAAAGACGAGUUGUGAUAAACAAUUAGACUAAAAAUAACAAAAUGCAAUGAAAUUAACAAAAAAUUUUAUAUUUAUAUUUUUGUUUGACUUAAAAAACGUUUUAUUUAUUCAGUCAUUCCUGUAUUCAAAAUAAAAAUUUGAGUAAAAAAGCGCGUCUAAAAUGAAUUUAAUUUAAAA